GACACGCUGACAGUCCAAUCUGAGGAAUCAUGAUGAAAGCGGCCCUUGUCCUGCUGUUUGCUGCCUACGCUCACGGGUGCGGCAGGCCCACCUAUCCACCCAUUGUGAGCCGUGUUGUGAACGGGGAAGAUGCUCAACCUUACAGCUGGCCCUGGCAGAUCUCUCUGCAGUAUCGCAGCGGCUCCAGGUACCAUCACACCUGUGGAGGCACUCUGAUCGCUCCCAACUGGGUCAUGACUGCUGGUCACUGCAUUGGAUCUCGCACCUACCGUGUCGUGGUGGGCGAGUAUGACCUCACCAGACAGGAGAUCUAUGAGCAGAUUAAAGGUGUGGAGAAGAUCGUGGUUCACCCUAACUGGGAUGAUAACUGCCUGUCUUGUGGUAACGACAUUGCGAUGAUCAAACUGUCCUCACCUGCUCUUCUGGACGACAAAGUACAGCCCGCCUGUAUUCCAGAGAGUGGAGAGAUCGCUCCUCACAACGACCCCUGCUACAUCACCGGCUGGGGAAGAAUCUACAGUGGCGGUCCCCUGGCCUCUAAGCUCCAGCAGGCUAUCCUUCCUGUGGUCGGCCACAGCGUUUGCAGCGGCAGCAGUUGGUGGGGGGGCACUGUGAAACCCACAAUGAUCUGUGGUGGUGGUGACAUCCGCUCUGGCUGCCAUGGGGAUUCAGGAGGUCCUCUGAACUGCAGGGGCGUUGAUGGCAGGUGGUAUGUGCAGGGGGUGACCAGCUUCGUCUCAUCUCGGGGAUGCAACACUCUCAGGAAGCCCACCGUGUUCACUCGCACCUCUUCCUUCACCAAGUGGAUCAGUGAUACGAUGCUGAGGAACUGAAGACUUGGAGCUAUGCAAUAAAUCCAUUUCAUCAACUACA